AUGAGAGCAGGUAGAGAGUUUAGGGCAAGACUCCUUCCAGCUUCAACAACUGAGCCACCCUUCAGGAGGGCUGAAGCAAGAGAAAGCGGUGAAAAUAAACAGAAAGUGGAAAGAGUAGAUGUCAACCUUCAGAUAGAUGAGAGUUACUAUGUAGAUGUGGGGGGUGAACAGAAACGCUGGCAAUGUCCCAUGUGUGAGAAGUCUUAUACAUCCAAGUACAAUUUGGUCACCCAUAUCUUGGGGCACAGCGGCAUUAAGCCACAUGCGUGCACCCGAUGUGGCAAGCUUUUUAAGCAGCUGAGCCACUUGCACACACAUAUGUUGACACACCAGGGCACUCGGCCACACAAGUGCCAGGUGUGCCACAAGGCUUUCACUCAAACCAGUCACCUUAAGAGACACAUGAUGCAACACAGUGACAUCAAGCCUUACAACUGCAGGAUCUGUGGCAGAGGUUUUGCCUAUCCCAGCGAGCUGAAAGCACAUGAGUCUAAGCACAAGAGUGGCCGAGAGAACAUUUGUGUGGAGUGUGGUCUGGACUUCCCAACCUUGGCCCAGCUGAAGAGACACUUAACAACCCACCGUGGCCCUAUACAGUACAAUUGCACUGAAUGCGAUAAGACCUUCCAGUACCCGAGUCAGCUGCAAAACCACAUGAUGAAGCACAAAGACAUCCGCCCGUACAUCUGCACUGAAUGCGGCAUGGAGUUUGUACAGCCCCACCAUCUCAAACAACACUCCCUAACUCACAAGGGUGUGAAAGAGCACAAAUGUGGAAUUUGUGGCCGGGAAUUUACUCUGCUGGCCAACAUGAAACGACAUGUCCUGAUCCACACCAAUAUCAGAGCCUAUCAAUGCCAUUUGUGCUUCAAGAGCUUUGUGCAAAAGCAGACUCUCAAGGCCCACAUGAUUGUUCACUCUGAUGUUAAACCCUUUAAAUGCAAGCUGUGUGGAAAGGAAUUUAACAGAAUGCACAAUUUAAUGGGACACAUGCACUUGCACUCGGACAGUAAGCCUUUCAAGUGCCUUUACUGUCCCAGCAAAUUCACCUUGAAAGGGAACCUAACCAGACACAUGAAAGUCAAACAUGGGGUCAUGGAAAGAGGAUUUCAUUCUCAAGGUUUUGGAAGAGGAAGAAUUGCUCUGUCCCAGAAAAAUGUCUUGAGAAGCUUGGAACAGGAAGAGCCCUUUGAUCUUUCCCAGAAAAGCCAAGGGAAGGGAAUGUCAUUUCAUUCGGAUGGUGAAAGUGCCAAGGGAAGCUCAUGCCAGGAAGAAGAGGAAGACAACUGCUAUGAGGCAGAGCGGUACAGCCCUGCCAUGUACCACCACAAUGACAACAAGCUGUAUGUGGCUCAAGAUCUGUCUGGCAAACCUGAGUGCAUGAUGAAGGACUUCAGAGAGUCCUGCUGCAAUGAGAAGGAAGAAGUGCUAAGUGAGGGAGAACUGGAGAAGAGAAUAGGAAAUUCAGAUAAACAGGAGAGUCAAGGAGAGAGAGGCCUUGCAAACAACAAAGAACACCUCAGCUUUAGAUCCUUUGAAAAGGCUAGACUUGGCCACUCUCUCUCGGAUUACUUGUAUUUCAAGCACAGGAACAAGAGUUUGAAAGAAUUGCUGGAAAGAAAAAUGGAAAAACAAACAAUGAUUAUAGGCAUUUAAAAUGGACAUUUUAAAACAGCUGGAAAAUGGGAACCAGAUAGCUUUU